AGCAGACAGAGGAAACAUUAAAAAAUCCAAAAAAAAAAAAAAAACAGAACAAAACGAAAGUACCCCUGACAACUUCUCCGAAACAGAGGCAGUUCCAGCUCUGCAAGAAUCAAAGCCGACCCGCAAGAAAGUUUUGUGUUCCUUUGCUGUCAUACAUUGGGAGAACAUAACCCCUUCUCUUUCCAAGAAAACCUCCUCAUCUCUUCUCCCUUGUAUAUAUAUAUAUAUAUAUUGCACUCUUAAAAUACCCCAACGCAUCUCAAAUACAGAAAUAUAUAUUUUUUUGUAGAAAUCAAAAAUAUCAAUCCAAGGAUCAAUGGCAGGGUUUGGUAAAACAGCUUCUGAUUUCGAGGAUUUAUUGCCAGCGAUGGCUGAGAAGCUGGGUGGAGAGGGGCUAAUAAGGGAGCUGUGUAAUGGGUUCAGGCUGUUGAUGGACAAGGAGAAGGAGGUCAUCACCGUGGAGAGCUUGAAGAGGAAUGCGGCAAUGCUGGGGUUGCAAGAUUUGAGAGACGAUGAACUUGAGAGCAUGGUGAGAGAAGGUGAUCUGGAUGGUGACGGGGUUCUCAAUGAGAUGGAGUUCUGCGUAUUGAUGUUCAGAUUAAGCCCUGGAUUGAUGGAAGAGUCCCAGUUGUUGCUUGAGGAGAUUCUUGAAGACGAGCUCAGAACUGCUGGCUUCUAAUAGGAGUUUAUUUUGGCCCCGCCCUUUUUUUCUUCUUUUUCUUUUUUCUUUUUUCAUUUUUCUCAUAGGUGACAAAAAGGGCAAUGGGCAAACACUAUGGAUUAAUAUUUGUUAAGGAGUACAUUUAUCUUCUCAUCUGUUGUCAAAUAAUACAUUUUUUUGGCAUAAAGUAGCUUAAUAUUCUUUU